AGGAGCUUUAAAGUAUCAAUCAAACUUGGAAACCCACCCACCUGGCUGCAUGCACAACAACAAUCUCAGUUCAUGGACCAAUCACAGAGCAGCAGGAGAGAAGGGGGCGGAGUCUUCAGGUGCACCACAGACACUUCACUGUCAAGAAGAGGCUCGUUUUCAACCCCAUUUUCCUCAGACAUGGUUGUGGGUCUCUGCUCCUCUCUGCCUGUACUGUGCCGAGUGGUUGUAUCGUUUCAUAAGAAGCAGCACUGCUCCUGUUACCAUAGUUUCUGUCAUUAGUCAUCCAUGCCAUGUUGUAGAAUUGCGCAUGCUGAAGAGCGGCUUUAAGUCCCGCCCUGGACAGUACAUCCUGCUGAACUGCCCGAGUGUGUC